CGAGCAUUGAGGUCCAUGAUCGUCAACUCGAGCACGUCACUCGUACGAGCAACCUCGACAAAUUGACGCCUUUCUCGAUUUCUAUGAAUUAGUAAUACACUGCUUCCCCACAAGUGGUGUCUACCUAAGAUCCCACCUUCCUCGUACACGAAGACAGUCACGAUCCUCACUUCCGCAUUACUUCUGUGAGCAAUCAUUCUCGCAUCCUCUCACCCUAGUACCAAGCAAGCUUGACCCAAAUCACUUAACAAUAUGUCUUCAAAAUCCCUCACUGUAGUCUUCGGAACUGCCAGCAUAGGAAACAGUGAGCCAUGGACAUCUGAUGAGUAUGUCAACGAGGCUUUCGAAAUCCUCAAAAAGCAUGGUGUCAAGAACCUCGACUCAGCCCAGCUCUAUGGCAAGUCGGAAGAAAAGCUAGGCGAGCUCAAGGCAGGCGACAAGUUCAUUGUUGACACGAAAUGGCUUGGUGGCUUUACUGGGAAAUGGGCAUCUAAAGAGAAUAUCGUCAACACUGCUAAAGAGAGUAUCAAGAAAUUGGGGGUCAAGCAGGUCGACAUCUUUUAUAUCCACGCUCCAGACAAAGAGACUCCCCUCCAAGAAACUCUUGAAGGCGUCAACGAAGUCUACAAGCUCGGCCUGUUCAAACGCUUUGGUCUCUCUAACUACAAGGUUGAGGAUGUUGAGAAAGCCUACGACAUCGCCAAGAAGAAUGACUACGUUCUCCCCAGCGUCUACCAGGGCAACUACAGCCCCGUCGCUCGUCUUCAAGACACCCUUCUGUUCCCUACUCUCCGCAAACUCAAAAUGUCAUUCUACGCCUACAGUCCUUUGGCCGGUGGAUUCUUGACCAAGACAGCUCAGCAAAUCAAAGACGGCGCAGGACGCUUCUCGGAGCAAGCACUCGGCGGCAUGUAUCGUCAGAUGUACAUGAAGGACUCUUACCUCAACGCUUUGGAGAAGUGGGAGAGUAUUGCGAACGAGGAGGGUGUUUCUCGCGCCGAACUCGCGUACCGCUGGGUGGCUUAUAAUUCGCCAUUGAGCAACGAGCAUGGAGAUGGCAUCAUCAUUGGAGCCAGUCGGAAGGAGCAGCUUGAGCAGACGCUUGAGGGGAUCAAGAAGGGGAAAUUGAGCGACAAGGCGGCCAAGAGCAUUGAUGAGAUUUGGGAGGAGAUCAAGCAUGAGGCGCCGCUGGACAACUUCUCGCGAUAGGGUCCAGCAUCGGUUCAUGACAUGUUUAUCGCAUGAUAAGUACCUAAGUACCUUGGACAGAGAAAAGAGAAGAGAUUCAUGACUGUUUGCCGCAUUAAAUCC